GUUUUGUUCCUCAUUGGUUGUGUAGCCAUCAGAAUGAUAAUGGUCGAGCUAAGCAGCUAUUUCCUCAAUAUAACUCAACGAAUUUCACAUAACUUCGGUGAAUAUGCAAACAACUGUAGCUACUCUUCCUUAUAAACGGAGAGCAAUCUUGUGAAAUGAUUAGCAAGGCGCGGAAGUGUUUGGAUAACCAAAUGGAAUUUUAAUGAACUCGUAGCAGUCAGUCAGAAUGUGUCAGGUUGCACAUCUUAUAUUCGUAGUAUACCUGCUUGUUACAAGUUGUUCGGGCUCCCCUCCUAAUUUCAUCCUGCUCUUUGCGGACGACCUCGGGUUCGGCGACCUAGGAUGUUACGGCCAUCCCACCUCACUCACACCCAAUUUGGACAGACUAGCGGCUGACGGCCUCAGAUUUACCGACUUCUACUGCACAAGUCCCGUCUGCAGCCCCUCAAGGGCAUCUUUACUGACUGGCCGUUACCAGACGAGAUCAGGGGUGUACCCUGGGGUGUUCUACCCUGGUUCCCGGGGUGGUCUGCCUCUGAACGAGACCACAAUAGCAGAAGUGCUGAAACCCUUGGGCUAUGCAACAGCAGCCAUGGGGAAAUGGCACCUUGGGCUGGGGCUGAACGGCACGUUCCUUCCCACCCGACAAGGCUUUGACUACUAUUUGGGGGUCCCCUACUCCCAUGACAUGGGACCCUGUCAGAACCUGACUUGUUUUCCUCCGGACAUUAAAUGUUUUGGACACUGUGACCUUGGUGUGGUAACUAUCCCCCUCAUGUACAAUGAGGUCAUCAAGCAGCAGCCUGUGGACUUCCUGGAUCUUGAGAGGGCUUACAGUGACUUUGCCACAGACUUCAUCACCCAGUCUGCGAGGAAGAAACAACCAUUCUUCCUUUAUUACCCCUCUCAUCACACACACUACCCCCAGUUUGCAGGGCCAGCAGCAGCAGGGCAGUCUCGUAGGGGUCCGUUCGGUGACUCUCUGCUGGAGUUUGACAAUACAGUAGGGAACCUGCUAUCAUCUCUGGAGCAGACGGGAGUCCUCAACAACACACUCAUACUGUUCACAUCAGAUAACGGGCCUGAGUUGAUGCGUAUGUCUCGGGGGGGUAAUGCUGGUCUUCUGAAGUGUGGUAAGGGAACCACCUAUGAAGGGGGUAUGAGAGAACCUGCCAUUGCCUACUGGCCUGGGAUCAUCACACCAGGAGUGACCCAUGAGUUGGCCAGCACCCUUGACAUCCUGCCCACCCUUGCUAAGCUGGCCGGGGCCAAACUACCCAAUGUGCAGCUGGACGGAGUGGACAUGACCGACAUCUUGAUCAACCACGGGCAGAGCAAGAGAGAGGCCAUGAUGUUCUACCCUACUGAUCCCAGUGAAAGUUAUGGCCUGUUUGCACUCAGGCUGGGCAAAUACAAGGCCCACUUCUACACACGCGGUGCAGGCCACAGUGAGACCACCCCAGACCAUGACUGUCAUAUCAUCUCCCUUCUGAAGCCCCAUAACCCCCCCCUUCUGUUUGACCUGGAGUCUGACCCCAGUGAGAACUACCCCCUGUCCCCGCUGGGACGACCUGACUUGCAGGCCCUGCUGCUGAGGAUACAGGCAGUCAAGGAGCAGUUUGAAGCAUCCAUGGAGUUUGGUGAAAGCCAGAUCGAGAAAGGUAUCGACCCUAAUCUAGAGCCCUGCUGCACUCCGCAAUGCACCCCAAAACCUUCCUGUUGCCAGUGUGGCUAAUGUACCCUAAAUCUUCAGUAACACUUAUACUAAAACAGUCUUAAGAAUGACACCGGAUGAACAUUGCCAUUGGAUCAUUUACAUACUGGGAAAACCCCAGGCCUUGACAGCAUUGCCAUAGAAACUCUGUGGCCUCUAGAACUAUUGGGACAGUGAAGGUUUAAUAUUCUUUUGACUGUUUGCUUCAAAAGUUAGGAUUUUAUAUCGAACAGUAACUAUGAAGGGAAAGAUUUUCAGCUUUAAUUGGAGGAUAUUUGUAUCACAUACUGACAACACUUUAUACAGUCCCCCUAUUUCAGGGCACCAAAUGUAUUGGGACAGACUGUUUUUAAUGUCUACAUAUAGCACUCAUGUUAGGUUUUGGGACAGACUGUUUUUAAUGUCUACAUAUAGCACUCAUGUUAGGUUUUGGGACAGACUGUUUUUAAUGUCCACACAUAGCACUCAAGUUAAGUAUUUGGUCGUAUGUCCUUUGCAUGCAAUAAUGAUUCAGAUGAUGUAGAUGGUGCUGUUGAUUUGCUAUUCAUUUUGGGAGGAGUCUAUACAGAAUUGAUAGGCUUUUUAAACUGAGAGAGAAAUAAUUGUCCAUCUGCAGAAACCUAACCCUGAUGAAUUCUGUAGUGAUAUGGCAAUAUAUCUGUGUUAACCUGUCUCUACCAAGCCCCGGUUAAAACACAAGCACAAAUGUAUGCUCCAUACAAAAUGUUUACCAACUUCUUGUAGUUUUUCCACAAUUUUUUUUUUAUAGGCUGUUGCUAAGAAAAAGUAAAUAAUUAGUUUGUCUGCCACCAAUUAAAAAACUACAAGAAGUUGUAGGAAUACUGUAAACUGUGAAAUGUUUCAGUGAAAACCUGGCCUAUACAGUACAAUUGAAAGAUUGGAGAACACUCACAACCAAAAAUAAUGUGCGAAUAAUACUGAAUAUAAAUAAAUUAUUUAGAAAGUACAUUGUAUACACCAAGUACACCAGAACAUGCACCUGUUCAUCAGUCUUUACCUUUGGUGUUACCUUGUAUACAGUUCUAGCACUCAAUCCUGUGCAGAUUCUGUAACAAGGAAACAGUAUUAUCUUUGUUACGGUCCCGUGGUGAUAGUUCAGUUUAGUAGCCUAGCAUGUAGCCUUGGGCUUAUUGAUUAUUACCAGUAAUCAAAAUGCUGCAAGAUUGAAUUGAAACUGUCAAAUGUGAACCAAAAUUUGGGACUCCCCCAGUUGGUGUAUUGGUUAGGUGGAGUUAUAUUCAGAUGCCGGCUUUGUAGCGUUAUCUUUUUAAUAAGGUAUAAUAUAAUAAUAAGUUCAGUAAAACAGGGUCACUUCCUACAGGGUUACUUUCAACAGUGGAUAACUUAGUCAAAUUUAAACUGAAUGGAAAUAUUAACACAACAUGCAACAAUUUCAAAGAUUUUACUGAGUUACAGUUCAAAUGAGGAAUUCAGUUUAUUGCAACAAGUAGACUGUAAUCUACAGUAUGGAUCUGACAUUUAAAUAACGUCCCCCACCCCCCCCAAUGUAGGGAACAUUGUUGGGAAUUUUUAUUUCAGCUUAUGAAACAUUAGACCAACACAUUACGGGUUGCUUUUAUAUUUUUAUUUAGUAUAAUUUGAAAGUAUGGGCAGACUGUUCUUUAGGUAGCAAGGCUCAAGCUACACCCACCUUAAAAUAUACCUCUCGUUGCCAUCAUUUGGCUGUAUUUUGGGUAAUCUGUUUGUCAGCAAAUUGCCUCUUCACUGUUUGUUUGCUUUUGAAAUAGAAACUGCCAAUAUUCCUAUAAUUACCUACGCAAACCCCCCUUUUCUCCUGUGGCCUCAUUUAUCAAUCAAGUUUAAGCACUUGUCUGUUCCUAAACCCUGGAUGGGGUCAUUUCCAGUGCGAUUUAUUAUAUGGAUUAAUGCUUGAAACUGUUGGUAAUUCACACUCAACCAUGCGUAUGCACGUGUUAAAUGAUGGAAUAAGGGAACUGCUUGUGAUAAUCAUAUUUCAUAGUUAGACAAAUUGUGUUGCUAACUAAUACAUGAAAAUACUGUGAUUUAAAAAAAAUUAAUGUUUUACUGUGUAUCCAUAUUCAUUGCUAACUUGCACACAAGAUCUUGGGUUAGUUGUUUAAAUUCAAAGCCCUGUUAUUGACACAAUCAAUAAUAAAAAUGUUGCAUGUC